AUGUAUAGACGUGAAAAACCAAACAAUGAUCCAUCAAAUGAGUUGUUAGAUGUGUGGAACUGUAGGUUUGAUCGCGACUUUUGCAAUAUGAAGAACGAUCAUAAUUUGGCAGCUUUUAGACGACAUUCAGAUGAAACUAAUCCUAUAUUUGGCGAAUCAUCUAUGGUUUACAUUAAUGUGUCGAUUGCGGGCUAUUUUCCGGCCGCACGACUUGAAACCGACUAUUUUAGCUCAUAUUCAGAGACAUCGGCGUGUUUUAGUAUAACAUAUCUUAUGUAUGGAACCGGUGCUAAAAAAAUACAUAUUAUUCAACAAGACGUGGAAAAUAAGUGCAUUUGGGUCGACAAUAACCAAGUGGUGGAUACUAAUGGCAAAUGGAAAGAAGCAAAGAUGACAAUUGACUUAAGUGAUGGAAACCCGCGUUUUUUCAUUGAAGGACAUAUUGAUGUUCGUCCACCAAAUUAUGGCACAAUUGCCAUCAGUCGACUCACAUUUUCUUAUGGUAAUUGUCUUUAUGACGAUACAAAUCAUUGUCAUAUAAAUCAUGUAUAUCACGAACCACCCCUUCAACCCAUUCCCAGUGCUGUCUAA